GAGGAGAUGAAGAAGGGGAAAAAGGAAGACAAGACAAAAACCGUACCAUUCUACAAACUGUUUUCCUUCUCAGAUUUUUGGGAUGUGUUGUUGAUGGUCGUUGGUUCGAUCGGAGCUAUUGGCAACGGUCUUGGUUAUCCUUUAAUGACUUUCUUGUUUGGUGAUCUCAUCGACUCGAUUGGUCAAAACCAAAACAACAAAGACAUUGUUGAGAUAGUCUCCAAGGUUUGUUUGAAAUUUGUCUACCUUGGACUUGGGACAUUAGUAGCAGCCUUUCUUCAGGUGGCUUGUUGGAUGAUAACGGGAGAAAGACAAGCCGCAAGAAUAAGGAGUUUAUAUCUGAAAACGAUUCUAAGACAAGACAUUGCAUUCUUCGAUGUUGAAACCAACACUGGAGAAGUUAUUGGUCGAAUGUCUGGUGAUACGGUUCUUAUACUAGAUUCUAUGGGUGAGAAGGUUGGGAAGUUUGUUCAGCUGACUGCAACAUUCUUGGGUGGAUUUGUUUUAGCGUUUGUGAAAGGAUGGUUACUAACACUCGUUAUGUUAACAUCAAUUCCACUUCUUGCUGUGGCUGGUGCAGCUAUGGCGAUUAUAGUUACUAGAGCUUCUUCUCAAGAACAAGCUGCUUAUGCCAAAGCAUCAACUGUUGUUGAACAAACUUUCGGGUCUAUUCGAACGGUUGCUUCUUUCACGGGAGAGAAGCAAGCGAUGAGUAGCUACAGAGAGUCUAUAAAUUCGGCGUAUAAGUCCAAUGUUAAGCAAGGUUUCGUUACGGGUUUAGGUCUUGGAGUAAUGCUCUUGGUGUUCUUUUGUAGCUACGCUUUGGCUGUUUGGUUUGGUGGAGAAAUGAUACUAAGAAAAGGGUAUACAUCGGGUGCAGUAAUCAAUGUAAUGGUCAUUGUGGUUGCGAGUUCCAUGUCUUUGGGGCAAACAACACCGUGUCUAAACGCAUUUGCUGCUGGUAAAGCUGCAGCUUAUAAGAUGUUUGAAACAAUCGAAAGAAAGCCGAAGAUUGAUGCUUUUAACCUAAACGGGAAGGUUUUAGAUGAUAUUAGAGGCGUAAUUGAGCUGAGAGAUGUGUGUUUUAGCUACCCUGCAAGGCCUAAAGAAGAGGUUUUUGGCGGGUUAUGUCUAUCGAUUCCGAGUGGCACAACCGCUGCUUUGGUAGGAGAGAGCGGCAGUGGGAAAUCUACAGUGAUCAGUUUGAUUGAAAGGUUCUAUGAUCCGAACUCUGGACAAGUGCUUAUUGAUGGUGUCGACUUAAAGGAGUUUCAGGUUAAGUGGAUUAGGGGAAAGAUUGGAUUGGUUAGUCAAGAACCGUUUCUUUUCUCUUCAAGUAUAAUGGAUAAUAUCAUGUACGGGAAAGAGAGUGCAACGGUUGAAGAGAUUAAAGCAGCGGCAAAGAUAGCAAACGCGGCUAAAUUCAUCGAUCAGUUGCCUCGGGGUUUAGAGACAUUGGUAGGGGAACAUGGAACUCAACUCUCAGGAGGACAAAAGCAGAGGAUUGCUAUCGCUAGGGCUAUACUUAAAGAUCCGCGGAUCUUGCUGUUAGAUGAAGCGACGAGUGCUCUCGAUGCAGAAUCCGAAAGAGUUGUUCAAGAAGCUUUAGAUAGGGUCAUGAUGAACCGUACUACUGUGAUUGUCGCGCAUCGGUUAAGUACGGUGAGAAAUGCUGAUAUGAUAGCUGUGGUUCACCGUGGAAAGAUAGUGGAAGAAGGUUCACAUUCGGAAUUACUCAAGGAUCAUGAAGGGGCUUAUUCACAGCUUAUACGCUUACAAGAGAUAAAUAAAGAAUCAAAUAGAUUGGAUAUGUCUAAUGGAUUGCUAGAUGGAUCAAGAUCAGUGAGCAGUCCAUUAGAAAACCACAGCAUAAGGCAUGAUGAUGACUCUGUUUCCGAUCUUGAAUUACUUGCGAGCCAAGAUAACACUAAAAUACCUCGAGAACUAUCACAGAAUGUGUCGAUUACUCGAAUCGCUUCCCUAAACGAACCGGAGAUUCCCAUUCUUAUACUUGGCACCUUAGUAGGUGCAGUGAGCGGAACUAUAUUCCCAAUUUUUGGGAUCGUCUUUGCUAGAGUAAUCGGAGCUUUCUUCAAAGCACCUCAUGAGCUGCAGAGAGAUUCAAGAUUCUGGUCGAUGAUAUUUCUACUUCUUGGUUUAGCUUCUUUGAUUGUGUACCCAACGAAUAGUUACUUGUUUGCUAUCGCUGGAGGGAGACUGAUUCGGAGGAUAAGAUCAAUGUGUUUUGAGAAAGUUGUGCACAUGGAGGUUGGGUGGUUCGGCGAGCCAGAGAAAUCGAGUGGUGCAAUGGGAGCGAGACUCUCUGCAGAUGCAGCCUUGAUUAGGACUCUUGUGGGAGACUCAUUGUCUCUAUCUGUUAAGAACGUUGCAGCCGCAGUGUCAGGACUGAUCAUAGCUUUCACGGCAAACUGGGAAUUGGCGUUUAUUAUCUUAGUAAUGGUUCCUUUUAUUGGAAUCAAUGGUUAUAUUCAAAUUAUGUCCAUGAAAGGCUUCGGUGCAGACGCUAAGGCAAAGUACGAGGAGGCGAGUCAGGUAGCAAACGAAGCGGUGGGGAGUAUAAGAACCGUUGCGUCUUUCUGUGCAGAGGAGAAAGUGAUGGAGAUGUAUAAGAAACGAUGUGAAGAUACGAUUGAAUCAGGGAUUAAGCAAGGGUUAAUCAGCGGAUUAGGGUUUGGUCUCUCCUUUUUCAUUCUUUACUCUGUCUAUGGUGCUUGUUUCUACGCCGGUGCUAGAUUGGUUAAAGCCGGAAAAACAAACUUCAACGAUGUUUUCCAGGUUUUCUUGGCGUUAACAAUGACAGCAAUAGGGAUUUCUCAGGUGAGCUCUUUUGCUCCUGAUUCGAGUAAAGCUAAGGAUUCUGCUGCUUCUAUUUUCAGAAUUAUUGAUGCGAAAUCGAAGAUAGAUUCGAGAGAUGAAUCGGGAAUGGUGUUGGAGAACGUAAAGGGAGAUAUCGAACUUUGUCACAUAAGCUUCGCUUACCAAAAUAGACCUGACGUUCAAAUCUUUCGUGACCUGUGUUUCACGAUUCGUGCCGGACAGACGGUUGCUUUGGUCGGAGAGAGUGGGUCAGGUAAAUCUACAGUGAUUUCUCUGUUACAGAGGUUUUACGAUCCGGAUUCGGGUCAUAUAACUCUAGACGGAGUUGACCUCAAGAAGCUGCAACUGAAAUGGCUGAGACAACAAAUGGGGCUUGUAGGGCAAGAGCCUGUACUCUUCAACGACACGAUACGAUCAAACAUUGCUUAUGGAAAAGGUGGUGAAGAAGCAACCGAGGCUGAGAUCAUAGCUGCCUCGCAGCUCGCUAACGCCCACAGCUUCAUAUCUAGUAAACAACAGGGUUACGAUACGGUAGUGGGAGAGAGAGGGAUACAGUUGUCGGGUGGACAGAAGCAGCGCGUGGCAAUUGCACGUGCCAUCGUGAAAGAACCUAAGAUUCUGUUACUCGACGAAGCAACGAGCGCGUUGGACGCAGAAUCUGAGCGGAUGGUCCAAAACGCACUUGACCGGGUGAUGGUGAACCGGACCACCGUCGUAGUGGCUCACAGGCUUUCGACGAUAAAAAACGCUGACGUUAUUGCCGUCGUCAAGAACGGUGUGAUCGUAGAGAAAGGGACGCAUGAGACGUUGAUCAAUAUCGAAGGUGGUGUUUAUGCCUCGCUCGUUCAACUUCACAUCAAUGCUUCUAAUUGA